AUGGCAGCAGCGACCGUUCUCCAGACACCUGUACCGCUACCAGAGUACCUUCCACCGAGCACUCCUGCGGACUAUCAUCGCAUCGUCUCCAAGACGCUCACCAUCCCAUCUGAAACCGAUGUGACGAUCCCUGUGGGUAUCUUGACUUGCCAACGUGAUCCACUUGCUCGCGACUUAGAUACGACGAUUGUGUCGAGCGCGUUCUUGAAGCCCGAGCCAGUGAAGAGCUCAGGCUCGAAGAAGUCGCAUACGAAGCAGGCGAAGGCGUCUGCGCCUCCGACUCUGAGCAAGCCGUAUGUGCAGCUUAUACUUCACGACACUGUCCUCUUUCCGGAGGGUGGAGGCCAGGCGCACGAUAUCGGCGUGGUCACCGCGGAGGACGGCAGUGUUUGGGAUGUCGAGCUCGUGAAGCGUCAUGGAGGAGUUGCGGUGCACUACGUGAACAUCACUGAGGGGCUGGAGGACGUACCACCUGUGUUCGCGAUUGGCAAGAAGGUCCGCCUUGCGCUUGGUGAGGACGGAUUCAAGCGUCGCCUCGACCAUAUGAGCAUGCAUACAGCGCAACAUCUUGUGUCCGCUGUGCUCGAGACGAGGUUGGGUGUACCCACUCUGGCGUGGUCCUUAUCAGCGUUCCCUGCACCGUCCUACGUCGAUCUCCCACGCGCCUUGACCGUCGCGGAGACGCAGCUCUUACAGGACGAGGUCAACCGGCUAGUGUUCGAGGGAAGACGCGUUUGGGUUGAGGUUGAAGAGCUGCAUGCAGGAGAGGCAGGCGUGGACUCCGGGACAAGCACACCUGCGAAUCGCGAGAUGGGUCGUGGACUGCCGAAAGACUACACCGGUGGUGUCCAUCGUGUCGUAGUCAUCGAUGGCGUCGACCGCAACCCUUGCUGUGGCACGCAUAUGCCCACGCUUUCGUCGCUACAGACCUACAUUCUUCCGCCGCCCGUCGGUGGUGGCUCAGCUCCUUUCCGCCACUACUUCCUCUCUGGCCCGCGUCUGCUCACGCAUCUCGGAUCCGUGCAGGCUCUAUUGGCACGCACGGCGGGGAUCAUGUCUUGCGGCAUGACCGAAUCUCCCGAACGUGUGGCGUCGGUAGUUGAAGAGAGCAAGCGUCGCGAGAAGCGUAUCGACGACAUUGAGCGCGAGCUCGCGCGUCUGCUGGCUAAGGGUUUGGUGGAUGAGAUGUUGCAAUGGAAGGCGGAGGGCGGACAAGGGGAAUGGACGAAGCAUGUAGCUCGCACGGACGAUACCGUUUCAGGUGCACUACCCUUCUUGCAGGCCAUCACCUUCGCCAUGCAGGAUCUCCUACCGAAUGACGACACCGCUCCUGCAUAUACCCUACUCUUAACCUCUACGCCGUCGUCGCAGACUGCUACGACUACGACUGUUGUCAUGCUUUUCGGGAGUAAUGACGCGCGGGUCAAACAGGCUGGAGAGGCACUGAAGGCGCAGUUCAAGACGUUGAAGGGUGGAGGCAAAGGAGCGCGCUGGAGCGGGAAGAACACGGGGGUCUGGCUGCAUGACCGGGAGGGAAAGGCGGCAGAGGCCGCUUUGACACAGUCCACAGCUUAA